AUGCGAAAAACUCGGUUGAUUUUCUAUACAUUAUCCUUUCUUGCAUUUUUCCUGUUUACCUUUCUAAGCAUUCAGUUUUGGUUUGAAAAUUAUCACAACCCAUUUCCAGAUUGGUAUCCGCCAGAACUUCCCAUAAAUGCUGCAACGCAAAAACGCGGCGAAUAUGUAAAAGAAGCUUUCGUGCACUCAUUUAAUGGAUAUAAACAGUAUGCCUGGGGGCAUGAUGAAGUUCGUCCCGUGACAGGGUCUCCUAGAAAUACGCGUAACGGGUGGGCGGCUACCAUUGUGGAUAGUCUAGACACAAUGAUACUUAUGAACCUUACGAAGGAAUAUAAAUUAUCUCGGGAACUGGUUUCGCGGAUUGAUUUCAAAAAAACAUAUGAUCUAGUAAACGUAUUUGAAACGACAAUUCGAUAUAUAGGUGGACUACUAUCCGCAUAUGAUCUUACAAGCGACAACUUAUAUCUCGACAAAGCAAUUGAACUAGCAGUUCAGCUAUUACCAGCUUUUGACACGCCAACCGGUAUCCCAUUGCAAUAUGUCAAUCUAAAGAAAAAAACUGGAGUUCAUAGUCGAUUUCCCGGUAGCGCAUCUGCCUUGGCUGAGUUUGGCUCGGUGCAACUCGAGUUUCGACGAUUAAGUGAAUUAAGCGGGAAUCCUAUAUUUUUAGAUAAAGCUCAACGAGUAAUCGAUAUUUUGCAAUCGAAAUCUACAGAGUUGCCUGGUUUGUAUCCGGUAUAUAUGGAUCCAUUAAAUGGAAAAUUCACGACUUCAUGGGUUACGUGGGGUGGAUUAGGAGAUAGCUUUUAUGAGUAUUUAUUAAAACAUUACAUUAUGGUUGAAGGAACUCUUGAUCAAUAUCUUGAUAUGUGGUUACUUGCGAUUGAUUCGACCCAAAAAUAUUUAAUAUCUACAGGAUAUGGGUUUUCAAAUAUGACAUAUUUGAAUCAGUGGUGGGAAGGACAACCGUAUUAUGAGAUGUCGCAUUUGGCAUGUUUUGCCCCCGGAAAUUUUCUAUUAGGGGGCCACAUUCUAAAAAAUGAUACUUUAAUUGAGUUAGGACUUAAUUUAACCUACACAUGCUACCAAUCCUACGAAAGCACCGACACAAAGAUUGGUGCUGAGAUAUUUGCGUAUGUCGAUGCUAGUGGAACACGAAGUCGACGAUGGAAUAGGAAACAGAGGAAUUCUUAUUUAUCCACGGGGAUCUUUGUGACUGAUGGUCAUUAUUAUUUGAGACCAGAGGUUAUUGAAAGUAUAUUUUAUGCAUAUCGAAUAACUGGAGAUAAAAAAUAUCAGGACUGGGGUUGGAAUGUUUUCAGAGCAAUAAACAAGUACUGUAAGACGCCUAUAGGAUUUUCCGGUAUUAGGGAUGUGACGAGUUCGAAGGGUGGUUGGGAUAAUAUUGCAGAGAGUUUCUGGUACGGAGAAACACUCAAAUAUCUCUACUUACUAUUUAACGAAGAUUUACUACCACUUGAUCGAUGGGUGUUAAAUACCGAAGCUCAUCCGUUUAGGAUUGGCGGGAAAAAACCAGCGUCGAGUAGACAGAAUGGUUAA